CGCUACAGCCUUCAAGAGGGGCACAGACAGCUCGGAAGCGCACGAUCGUGCCAAGUUUACUGACGGUCUGUGCCAGGUGGACAGACUCAGAAUAGCUCGGACGUGGACUAAUCCAAAUACCAAGACCCGUGCAACAUUCAGGCGCCUAAUAACCACACAGUCAAGUGCGUCACACUACAGCAUUACGGGAACUCUUUGCCCCAUUUUAUACGGAUUUGCCACUUUAUAAGGGAGACAAGUGCGCGCAGGCAGCAGAGGAAGAAACUUGUCACUUGGCCAACUCCGAAGUAAGAUUUGUUUUGAAUUCCCUUUGAUCAUUUAAAGGAGUGUUCUGAAUUUAAGUUACAACAUGGGACAGCAAGCCUCCAAAUCCACCAUUGAAGCGCGAGUGAUUUUCCAGCGCGUUGGCGCAGUGGAUAUGUGUCAGAAAACGGACGCGUGUUCCACUCCAGCCUCCGUUGUCCACAUUCAGAAGAAGGUGACCAGUCAGGCGGCCUAUCUUCACUCUUCCAACCGGGCACUGGAGAAGUCAACAACCCAUGCUUGGCCCCAGAGCUGCUGUGACAACGGGGGGCUGGUGUACGUGAUGGAUAAUCCAACUGGUGGUGUGUGGGUGAAGCCGGAAGAGAAAUGGACCAGAUCUUGAUACGAAAAUAAAAUCUUUACGCGAAAUGCAAACGAUAGAAUUAAGUUAAGCGCCUGGUGACUGGAUGCAUUAUGUGCGUCCACAAGCUUUGGCGUCUUCCGAGCAGGACGCCGCUGAUUUGGGCUCCUGCGCUGAGUUACAGCUCCGUGCCACAUACACUGCAGUGCAUGGAGUCAAGGUGGAUUUAAAUUGUAGAAUCGUCUUCGCUGGACUGACUGUAAUUUAUUGAUUUAGUCUUUAUGAGACAUUCAUAUAUAUUUAAUAUCAGAAAGUAAGACGAUGAGAGGAGGCGAAGAGAGUGCCUGCGUCAUGCGCACUGAGAUCAUGUGUUUACUUUUGGAAACUUGUGUCAUUAUGUUGUUACCAACAUGACUAAGAGCUGUGUUAUUAAGAAUGAAUUUCACUCUACUACUUUUUUUAUUUCCAUAAUAGUGUGGGGCAGAUCAGAUGAAAGAAGGGAGCUUGGGUUAAGUCACUACUGAGAGUUGGCUAACAUCGACCACUCUGCUAUUUGAGUGUGGUUUGUAAACAGUGCGCUUUGGCCCACUGUCUUAAAAUUGAAACUGCAUCCUUCCAAUGGCUGACCAACCUUCAUUUAUUUUUUUCCUUCCUUUUUAUUUGACUUUAUUCUAUGUUUUAAGUAUUUAUUACAUGUAUUUAUUACCAUAAUACAAAUAAAUGUUUUAAAAUGAAAUGUAUUUUUUAAAAUAUUGAUGGCAGUCUGAAUGUGAUCGACUGGAGUUCGAUGUUGGACUGAAUGUUUGUUCAGAAUGUCUCUCAGUAACUGAAUGGUGUCAUAGCAGCAUAAUGCCCAGGGGGGGUUAUGGCUCCUUUUGUACUGAGAAGCUCCAGCAGCUUUGAGGAGGUUUGAGGAAAGUGUUCAUGUGUCACAAUCCUGUAAAGAGGAUGUCACGGUCGGACUGUGUGGACCGUUGGAAAUGUAUGUUGAAAUGAAUAAUUUAAGAACUUAUUCUUUUUCUUUAUUUUACCAUGUAGGGGAGGCGAUGUAAUGCUGAUUCAGCAAAAUUGCAUUUAUUUCUGUUGAAAGGUGAAGCCUGGAUAUUGUUCUUUAUGUUUAACUGUUGUCUGUCCCUUAAAACACCUGAUCCAUGACUGAACAUGUGAUUAAGAUUAAAAAUGGAAAUCUUCAGGCAAAUGAUUGUAUGUCACGUGUGCCUCAAUAUACCCAAGGUACUGUGCACCAUCACCCCAUAUAAUAAAACGGAUUACUCCUUUCUACCUUCAUUUUUUCUAAUCCUUUUAUUCUAUUUGUUUAGUAAGAAGACAUUGGCUUGUUCUUUCAAUGCGCGUUUGAGACUCUGACUUAAAGCACAACUUAAGCACCAGAAUGUUUUUCAGUAAAAUAACUUAUCAAACUCCUAUAACCCAUGACAUUAUAUAAAACGCGGAUGGACUGGUCUCAUAAAGCUAUAAAGGAUAACUUUGCAUGGCUAUAUUUAUACAGGGUAAAUAAACAAGGGCUAUCCUGUGGUUGGACAAACUUUGGCCCCUAGUGUGGCGCCUUAUCGGUGAGCCUUGAGUUAUCCCAGCAUGAAAACUAAUAGCUUAUCUAUUAAACUCCGGGCAACGCACUGUGCAAACACUGCGUCAGAAGAGCACUGUAGGUGGAAGAUGUGCCUAUCCCACUUGAGUUGACUGUCAAUAUCCCUCCACGGACGCCAUGGGACUGCGAGGAUCCAAACAACCAGAAGUCCAAGUUCUCCUUCUGGGCCUGGACAACGCUGGAAAAUCCACUCUUCUUUACAAGCUGAAACACAACGCGUGCGUGGGCACCGUGCCCACCAUAGGCUUCAACGUGGAAAUGUUCGAGGCGAAAAAGAACAGGAAGAACAUCGCCUUGACCGUAUGGGACGUCGGUGGUCAGGGGAAGAUGCGCGAGUACUGGAAGAAUUUCCACCAGGACGCAGCAGCCGUCGUGUUUGUCGUGGACAGCUCGGACAAGGAGCGUCUGGAGGAGGCGCGGAGGGAGCUGGAGAACACGCUGAGGAGUGAGCAGCUGCGGGGCCGUCCACUCAUCCUGCUCGCCAACAAACAGGACGUGAACGGCGCGCUGACCGUCACCGAGAUCAAGGACUUGUUUAACCUGCGGAGGAGUUGCUCAGCCCGGGAUUGGUUCGUCCAGCCUUGUUCCGCGUCGACGGGAGUCGGAGUUGAAGAGGCCUUUAAACGAGUGGUCCAAAUGGUCAAACUCCCAUCAGACACUGCGGCGAUGAAAGACAAUAUCAAGGAAACAGUGCACUACCUCAAAGCCAGUGCCAGACAUUAAGUUUUAUUUAUAUGAAAUGUGUUAUUUUCCAAAAAACAUUGACAAUCUGACAAAAUGAAUUUGGAAAUAAGUUUGUUCUAAAUUAAACUGCAUUAUACCAACAAUAAAUUAUAUUUUAAGAGACA